GUCAGAUGCGCGCCGGAUGAAAAGAACUGUGGAGGCAAAUCUUCUGAAUUAAAACACAAUCUACUUGCUAGGUGCUGAAAUACAACAGAAGGACGAGAUUACUUAGCGUUUGAGCAUUGUGUCUCACGCUUUCCUAUUUUAUUUGCCCACCCCGUCGAAAUGGCAGAUAAAGAGGUGUAUGAUGAUGCUGUGGAGGAGAGGGUUAUCAACGAAGAAUACAAAAUAUGGAAAAAGAAUACACCUUUUCUCUACGACCUGGUUAUGACACACGCCCUUGAAUGGCCUAGUCUCACAGUUCAGUGGCUGCCCGAUGUAAACAGACCAGAGGGAAAGGACUACGCUGUCCACAGGCUGGUGCUGGGAACGCACACCUCUGACGAACAAAACCACUUGGUUAUUGCCAGCGUUCAGAUCCCUAACGAUGAUGCACAGUUCGAUGCUUCUCAUUAUGACAGUGAAAAAGGAGCAGAAUUUGGAGGUUUUGGAUCCGUGAGCGGUAAGAUUGAAAUUGAGAUCAAGAUCAAUCACGAGGGUGAAGUGAACCGCGCUCGUUACAUGCCCCAGAACCCAUGCAUUAUUGCCACCAAGACGCCCACCUCAGAUGUACUUGUGUUUGACUACACCAAGCACCCCUCUAAGCCAGACCCCAGUGGAGAGUGCAGCCCAGACCUGAGGCUGCGAGGUCAUCAGAAAGAAGGGUACGGCCUGUCCUGGAACCCUAAUCUCAGUGGCAACCUGCUGAGCGCAUCAGACGACCACACCAUCUGCCUAUGGGACAUCAGUGCAAGUCCAAAGGAAGGGAAGAUCAUUGACGCUAAGACCAUCUUCACCGGACACACAGCGGUGGUGGAGGAUGUGUCCUGGCACCUGCUCCACGAGUCUCUCUUCGGCUCAGUGGCGGAUGACCAGAAGCUGAUGAUCUGGGAUACCCGAUCCAACAACACGGCUAAACCCAGUCAUGCGGUGGACGCCCACACUGCAGAGGUCAACUGCCUGUCCUUCAACCCCUAUAGCGAGUUCAUCCUUGCCACUGGCUCUGCUGACAAGACGGUGGCACUGUGGGACCUCCGCAACCUCAAACUGAAGCUGCACUCCUUUGAGUCGCACAAGGAUGAGAUAUUCCAGCAGGUACAAUGGUCCCCUCACAACGAGACCAUCCUGGCAUCCAGUGGCACUGACCGAAGGCUCAACGUGUGGGAUCUGAGUAAAAUCGGGGAGGAGCAGUCCGCUGAGGAUGCUGAGGACGGACCUCCUGAGCUGCUGUUCAUUCAUGGUGGACAUACAGCCAAGAUUUCGGACUUCUCCUGGAACCCCAACGAGCCGUGGGUGAUAUGCUCCGUGUCCGAGGAUAACAUCAUGCAAGUCUGGCAGAUGGCGGAAAAUAUUUACAACGACGAGGAACAAGACACUCCUGCUUCAGAGCUGGAGGGCCAGGCCUCAUAACCUCACUGCCUGUAGGGCUGUUGAAGGGGAUCGUAGGAUGCUUGUGCUUCAGAGGCCCCUCGAAGAGGCUUCGGUUGCAAGAACCUGUUUCGUCUCUCAGCCAAUAGUUUCUCUUCCUUUCUGCGUUCCACAAAAAAAAGUAGGCACCACCCUAUUCCUCUUCAGCCAGCCAACCGCAGGCUGAUUUUGCUCCUUAUUGAAACAGUCCCUUUCGUAAUCAGUGUUGGAUAGGUGUUGCUGGAAUGGCAUCCAGUUCUCUCGCAGCCAGCUUAGUUUUGUCCUUCAUUGUUAUGCUGAACAGAGCUUUGCAUUGCAGAGAGGAUGUGGGUGGUCGUUGUUUUUCAACAAAUGCACUUGACAAAUGCAAGCUAAGGUCACACCAUUCUGAAAUAUACCCCACCCCUCAAGGGCCAGAUGGCAGGGUAAAAUUUUCUCUUUUUUUCCUUUAAAGAUUUUCAUUUUGUGCAUAACCUGAUGUGAAUUGCAAUAAAACUUUUUGUAAUAACUUUUAAAUAAUUGCUUUUCACUUUAUAUACUAAAACUUUCAAACUGGAGUAUUUGCAAUAGAAUAUUCAGUUGACUAAAACCAUUUGGAUUCUGUGAAAGCCAUUAAAUAAUUGCAACAAACCUAUUUGUCCAUUUGGGAGACAGGAAGAACAAUUACCAGUUAAUUUCUGAAACAUUCAACAUUCUCUGGUUGUGCAAUGGAGUUAUACUACACAUGACCUGAAGGCAAUGUCAAACAUUCCAGUACAAAUCAUGUUGAAUAGUUUGGGAAAAUUCUACAAAAUGUUUAUUGAAAAGCAAGACGGGACAAUAACAUCUUUGUUUACAAUCUCAGAGAAACAUAAGCUCAUUUUGGGGGGAAAUAAAGCUUUUCAAAGCA